AGCCAAAGCCAAAGCCAACGUUACCACGCCAAAACUCUCUCUCAUUCUUAGCGUCAAUCUUGUACCGAUCUGUUCAGUGGGCACAUGGUUGCAGAGCCUCAUGAUUCAAAACCCAGCACGGUUGAACAUUCUAGCUCGGGUCUGACAGCCCUCUUGGCCUUAGUCUGGGACUAUUCGCCUCGAAUUCACGAGGUCCCUGUCCCUGACAUCGAAGCCUGAAAGACUCCAUCUCCGCCAAAUCUACUCCGUAAACUAGAAUCGCUUCAUAGAUACGUACCUCAACAUCCCGCUCUGGUAUCAACGACUACCCCAGUGGACCCGUUCGCAGCCCAAGGCCUGAGCCCGAGCCCGAGCCCGAGCCUGAGCUUGAGCCUAAGCCUGGGAUCAAGGUUGUUUGUCUGUUCACACACUUAGUUUUGGGCAUCUGAGUUUUCGGGCUCGCGUUCUCGUUGGCUUGUCCCCGUUGUUGCUCUCCAAGAGCCCAAAAUACUCAGUGCUUCCAUCACUCAAUUGAGUUAGGAAGCCCGGUGAAAAGCCGAGGAAGGCUAGGCAAGUGCCACUGAAACUCCGCUCAGAAACGGCGGGAUAUUGAUUAUUCUUGAGGUACCUACAAGUCAAUGCCUGGUGCUGUCGAGAUGACAAAAUGUAGAUGCUGUGAAAAAGAAAUUGUCUAACUGUUGUGCUGUCAGGAAGAGGUCCGUACGGUUACAAAAAGGCCAAACCGGGUAAAUAACAACCCUCAGGUUAGCUCAAUAACCUUGACUACCUACCGACCUAGGCACGGAGCCCAGGUAACUAUCCUGCUCUUGGUGCUGACAAUUGCAUCCCGGCGGGGGGACUCGCUCUCUGGCUCUUACCGAGAUCAUUGCAUACACAUGGUCUUGUCUGAAGACGACGAUUGCAUGGGAACUUUAAGUCAACGUUUACAGCUUGCAGUCGCCGUUCUCCACGCCACUACAUCGAUCGUCAUCGGUACUCCCACAACCCUCUACUAAUAAGUCACUGAUCAGGGGUUGCUGGCACUGGGCAGCUAGUUGCUCUGACCACAGCGGAGUGCAAUAGUCUGCUACUUUUCUCAGCGCCUUGAGUUGUCGAGGGCUGUUCCGGGAGAUAGACCUCGAUUCUCGCAAAACACCAUCAACUGUCUCUUCCUCCUUCUUCUUCCUUCUUCCCUCUCCCUGCAACUCUUCCCAAUCUCUCCAUAAUUCUUGGUCCUCUCGGUAUUGCCCCUCACCCCACCUUGACCACCUUUCUGGUGGUGGACCCUCCUCGUACAAGAGAGAGCACACGCACAGAGCAGAACAAAGAAGGGUUGUAUUUCAAGACGCCUUGAUAGCUCGAUUGUAUUCCCCUCUCGAAUCCGUUCAUAGCAGCAUUUACGAGUUUACACUAAAGAUAAGUCCUCACGAACUGGCUUCUUUAUUAUACACGCCCGAGUCUCACUCAUUUCACCUUUCAAUCGGCCUGCCGAGGUGUGAGUGCAUUCAAUUGCAGUAGCGGCUUUCAUGUAACAGAAGACUGCCCUCGCUGCUCUCUACUUUCAAUUACAUCUUCUGAAACGCAGUGUUACUGGUCACCCUGCGUCAUCUCAAUCAGUAUCAUCCGAUCUCAACGCCACCGCUCCAAGCGGAAGCGCAUCGAUAACAACAGCAACAAAAAAGAACAUUCCUUGUCAAGUCCUCAGCCUAGCCAGACAUUUUAUUUGGCUGCAAAACGAAUCCUGGGUCUUCGUCACCAUAUCAGACAUUACCCUGCCUGACCCUGCUAUUUGCUCCCUGGUCCACGCUGACAAGGACUGACCAAGUUCGACCCCUCCUCACGUGGCCUUGGCUUCGAAGUACAUACAGCAAGGUUGAUUGCCGUCAUCCUGCACCACGGACGGAACGAUACGCCACGGCUGCCUCCACCCAGUCCAACGUCUGGCGUCCUAACGCUACCGCUUUUCUCCACGACAUCGCCCUUUGUCCGACGUUUCUCACGACUCGCCUCCGAUUUCGUACAUUUGAGAUUUCCCUCGCAGCUGGCUCACAACAGCACACAUAGUUCGACAGCUCGGCGAUCAGAUAGGCUUCGCAAUCCUGUGUAGCCUCACGUCAUCAUGACGGACCGUCAUCGCUAUCCGUCCUCGGGACGAGCGGCCACCUUUGCCAACCAUGCGAGAACUUCUCUGCCGUCAAGCAUUGGCUACACUUCUUUGUACGCUGGUGACAUGCACGUCAUGCCGACUUCGACCCGACAGCAGCAGCCCAUUUCGACGACACCACGAGGAUACGUUACAACUACUUCUACAGCACCAACACCAAACACCACCACCCGGACGUACGCCGUUACUCAGGACCCUCGUUCACACAGACCGACUACGCGGGAUGUCACACGCUCCCAGCGGUCCUCCACACUAGAUUCUACUAGUCGUCCCCCAGUAAUUGUCAUGACCACCCAGAAGGACCGCGCCAAUGGUACGAGUUCUCAUUCUUCCAAUGCUCGCCCCGGAAGUCCCUUGAGGGAUGACUACCGUUCGAGCGAUGGGCAGUUUUAUACACAACCUGCCUCAUCUAUACGUUCACGCAGCACAGCCCGCUCCUAUGCCGAUCAGCCAGGAAACGACACUUAUGCUCGCAGCAGCAGAGACCGCAGCAACAGCUUGGUACGCGACGACCCCUACCGCAACAGCCGUCAUUCUGCUAUAUACCAGAAUAAUCCCCGCCAGAGCUCUAGUAAUAUCGACUAUGGGGAUGACGGUUAUCAGUACACUAAUGCUGGUGAGCUGGUUCGCUACGACCUCGAUCAUUCAGGCCCUGCGAGGACUCGCAGACGUGAGAGUUUCGACCGUGGCUACUACCGCCCGAAUAUCAACUACAACGCGGACCAGCGAACGUUCAAUGUGGAUACCAGCCCAGACUUGAGUCGCAACUACAUAACAACAAGCACAACCAGCGUCCCAAGCAAUCGACAAUACGAUAACCGGGGCGGUCCACCACCAAGUACACGAGGGUUUGACAAGAUUCGAGGGUACGAAAGCCCGCGGGACUUUGGUCCGAUGCCCUCUAAGACUCCCGAACCGACCUUGGUCAAACAGGACACCCCCCUUGUUGCGACUACGGAAACCACAAGACGGCCUCGGCCAGUGUCAUUGUACCAAGAGGGACCACCUCGUUCUUCGCAUCACGACGAUUACUAUCGGAGCCGAGAAGACGAAAGAAAAAUGCGAGAAUUUCGUGAUCAGCCAGAAUCUGAACUCACUUAUGAGCCCGAGCGCGCAUACGAGGCACCAUACUUCCAAGAUGACAGAGUUACCUCCCGUGGCUUUGGCAUCCGAACUGACACUGCUGACGAACACGAUGAUCGCCGUGAACGUCGCCUGGAACAACCGAAAAAGCGAUCAGAUGAAGACCUGCCACGUGAUGCUGAUUAUGAGCGCGAUGAUCGACGUCGAGGCCGGCUUGAUUCCAAAGACACUCGCCGUGAGAGACGUGAGAGUAAGAAAGGGAGUGAUGAUGACGAAAAGGAGCGUACUCGGUUCCGUGACAAGGUGGCUACUGGCCUGGGUAUUGCUGCGACUGCUGUAGGCCUCGUGCCUGCCGUCAAAGACGACGACAAACGCGACAAAGAGCCCGGCAAACGUAAAGGCUCUGAUGACGAACGUGAGCGCGACCGUGAACGUGAAAGAGACCGAGAUCGUGACAGGCGGCGAGAUUCGAUGAAAAGUGAACGCCCAAGAAUCGUCGAGAGAGAUGUAUCGCGACAGCGUGAUCAAUCAAGGCAGCGUGACCAGGAUCGUGAUUCCAGAGAGACCAGUCGUCGAAACGGGGAGUCCCGUAAGAGCACUGAAGCCGUCAUUUCCUCAUCUGAUUCCGACGAAGGCAAAAAGUCCACUCGGAGACGUCGCAAUUCAAAUGCAUUCAAUCCGAAUGAUACUACUGAACUGCGGAAUCUCAAGGACCAACUGGCAGCCCUGAAGACCACUGACAAAGAAAAGGAGAAAGACACCCCGGUCGUGGUCGAAAGUAAGUCACGGUCCUCUUCACCUACUCGAGAAACGAGAACAGCAAUAGAGGCUCGUCCAUCCAAAGACUCCCGGUCACCACCCGAUGCCAAGCCAUCUGGACCCCCUGAAGAAGAAUCCCGUGGCCGCGAAUCCCAGCAGACCCCUCCGGACGACAAACAAGUGCGUGUAGUAUCGCCCCCUCGUGAUAAAAAGGAUGAGAAGCCGCUCAAGGGUAUCUUGAAACAGCCAAAGGUCAGCUUUCCAGAGGAGCCGAAUCCCAUUCGUGAAGGGGUUGCACCUCACAAGGAAGACAAGAAAGCCAGAGAAGCACCUGCAGGUGCAAAAUGGACCAAGAUCAGCCGCAAGGUUGUUAACCCUGAGGCCUUGACCAUUGGCAAAGAGAGGUUCGAGGUCAGAGAUGACUUUGUCAUUGUACUACGGGUACUCAGCAAAGAGGAAAUUCAGGCAUAUGCCUCGGCAACACAAGUCUUGAGAGAGAGACGUCGCCGCGACGAUGAUGGUGGUGAUACGGAUCGGGAUCGUGACCGUGAUGAGGAUGACAGGAGAAGACAUCAUCGUCCUCGCCGCCAUCGGGACGAUGACUCUUCAGACUACGAGGACAAGGAUCGUGACCGCGACCGCGACCGCGAACGACGCAGGCGUCAUCGAGAUGAGGAAGAGUACGACACCCGGUCAAGGGAUUUGGACCAUCAUCAUCAUCAUCACCACCACCGCUCUCAGCGAGAGCGCGAGCCUGUGCUUGAGGCUUAGUGAGAGAAAGAGCGUUGAAACCACCAUACCACUAUCUAUGGCUGAAUGUUUUGAUUGAGUAUUUAAGCGUUGCAUCGAAUGACUCCAACGGCGGGCCUGCUUUUAUCAGGUAUAUAUUGAGCGUUACCACACAUCACACAUUAAGCAUAAAAAUCGGGCAAUUUAGCGACGCAUUCUGGAUAAACAAACAUAAAAUGAAAUAUGUUCUGGUUCAUAUUAUUCCUGCAUUAUUUUAGCACUGGUCCCCCCCAUAUGGUUACAUAGCGCUGAGUAUAGAAACAGAGUUUCAACAGUCGACUUGCAAAUUUCUCAGAUCUCGGCUUAUUAGAGGAUCUCGGUGCAAGGCACGAGACCGUCUCCAAGUUUGAAGACUGGAGAAGAGGGCUAGUAACGGUACGUCGCAGGUUGGGUAGCAGCAUUUCAUAUCGGGUGCCUACAGUGGCAAAAUGGUGGAAGAGAUGGGACUAGUUAAGAUGUGAUGGGGAGCUUGAUGAGGCUUUCUUGGCUACUAAAUAAGGAGUUUGUGGGUAUCGUAUUUGCUCUUGUUGUCCAGAUCCAUUCCAUGUUUCACGGCAUUAUGAGAACGAGCCUACAAGUUUGCAGCAACAAGUCCAGCUACUAGUUCCUUUUCAUCCUGGAGGACUGAUAGAUGCGUCCAGUCCAAUGUCGGCUUCGUAUGGUAACAGAAGUCGUGACAAGGACCAUAACCUAUGCCAGCAGCGCCCGCAUCAAGAUGAAAGAGGGAAUUGAGGCUUCGCACGGAAAGCUUCCUCGUCACAUUUACGCUGGCUUCCGUAGUUCCAUUCCCUUCACCGUCCAAACAUAUGUUCGAGCCAUGAUCACCCAUCUCCUCCAGCACAGGAUGUGGUACGACAUCCUAGUCUGGGCUCAAAGCCGCUACCCGUGGUUUAUCUGAUACAUCAUGAACGAAAAGACACCGUAUGGAUUGACGCCUCCACGCUGAAGCAGAACGUUUGGAUGUCAUGUUACCUGCAAGCAUCCUGGUGCGCCAGGCACGGGUAGAGGCAUGAGAGGAAUGAAGCUGAAUCAUACCGACCCCUCUCAUCCUUGCCAACGUCAAACUUCUGAACUUGUCCCGUUUACGGUGAUUCGUUAGCACUCAUCAUAUACUGGCGGUACAAAGUUGUGCGGGGAGUUGAAGCUCCCACCGUGGCUUGUCCGGAUGAGCGAACAAAGAAGUGUUAUGCACGAGACGACCAUCAAAUGGGCGUUUAGAAGCCCUGCCUAGUGACUGAACUUGUUCAAGCCCUCUAUGACAAGACAAGAAGAGGGAUGGCAGGAAAUGUUAUAAAGGUCACUCACUGUCCUACAUCGUGUGCGGUGUUGAGUCAACAUGAGAUCAGAGCUGGACAAGCAGAAGCCGUGAUGAAGAAUGCAUGCGUUUCAAGUGUCCACUUCCGGCUGUGGAAGCGCCUAGCAGAUGGCCUAGUCUUGUUCAAAGUAUAACAAAACGGACUUGGCGGCUGCAUGAUACUGUCACGAGUCGUGACAAGCAAGCCAUUCGGUGUCAAGUUAUCAAAUGUUUUACUGUUUGCCCACUCAUCCCAAGAAUAGCAACUCAGCAGCCACGUCCCCAAGGGGAGCGAACGACGCCCAACCGCCGAUCUCUGGCUUGAUGGUGGCGGGAACAAAAAAAAGACACGUCUAGAUCUCCACACCUUCAGAGAUGAUUUUAGACUGUGUCAACGGCAGAAACGCCAGCCAGCCAGCCUACGGAUACUGCGAAUGGUCGCUGGAAAUGCAAGUUGUUGUAAUUACAGUACCCCUUUCCCCCAUCUCAUCACAUUGCGUGGCUUUAAAUACCUCUAGCCGGCCAAUGAGCCGUGUCGUGUGCUGAUUGUUUGCGAGACUACUCCGUAACAAAUGGCAUGUCUCAACAUUUUCGAGGAAAUGGCGGAUAUUUUCCGCCUCCGAAUGCGAUAGAGGCAAUAGUCUCAACCACGAUGCAUUUGAAGAUUAGCUUUGCGUCUCUAGUAUAAGAUAUCAGCCGCGUGGGGAAACAGGCAGCAUGUCAGGGAUCUCACGGGAAAUACAUACAUGGCAGGGGCUACAACAUACUUAGAUACUCUAAGCAACUGCUGACAGGACCUGCCAGCAUGUACAAAUAUGUAUGGAGUAUCCAGAUUCUCGUUUGCCAUCGGUACGAACGAGCUUCUCAACUAGAGUCGGCGGGCCGCAGCGAAUGCUUGCGGUUCUGUAUCUCAUGAUUGUGCUUAAAAGGAUACCCUCAGAGCUAUUGUGGGAUUGUAAUCGGGCUUCAUAUGAUCUCAGGCUUCUCAUAGUGAGCGGUCGUGGCUCGGUAGAACGAGUGAAUUAUCAACGCAUGCGAAUCUACGGAUUGGUAUGAGUCGAUUUUACUGACUCUCAAGGUUUCCUGUGCUUCCCAGGCUGCCUAGGCCUCUAUACUCCGUACUGGUGCAGUCUUCAUGUCAAAGUGGCCAGGUUUUUCGACUUGCUAUGGGACCUCUGGCUCUUAUCAAUUGUCCAUCAAUUCAUUGAUGUUAGGGACAGUGACUGUCUAUGUCUUCGAAGACGUUCAAGCAGAGAUACUCCAGAUCUUAUCCCUUGAUUGCUGUAAGCUUCUUCUGACAUUGAUAGUAGGUGCUGAUCUCUUUCUAUCACUGUCAUGAAAUAGUAGUAUGGAUUUAUUUGUAUUCAUCUUUCACGCUAAUGGUAUAUAGAGGAUUUGUGAAGCAGCUGUGUAACUGCACAUGGAAACAGCAUUAAUCUAAUACGAAGGUAACUAAUCUGAGGGAAAGUAAUCAUGCUCCAUAUUCACGAAUGGAUCUCAAUCAGAACUAUGGGCUGUUUUUCUUCAAUGCCUAGGUGGAUCUGCCAGCAACACCGGCAGUUGAGUUGGUGAAUAGGAAGAGAGCCUCCCUGGGAGCUUGGGUCGAGCUCGGCUACACAUUGAAAUUUAGAUUCGGUUACAGACCUCCAGGAGGCUAUCUGUAGGUCUUUACGCGCAAAGUUCUCCCACGAACCACCGUGAAAGCGGAACCCCUUGCCGGUGAUGUCGUCUCAAUUAGUCUUUUCGAAUACUUGUGCUGUACGUACCUAUGAAGCACCCUUGUCCGGGGAUGACGGGCGCACCCCUUCUGUGCAUCUUGGCUGUGCCUGGAAAUGGCG